AUAUAAUAUAAUAUAUAGUUAAAUAAAAUAAGAUAUUUAUGGAAUAUUAAAUAAAAGAUAUGUGUACUAUCUAAUCCACUUUAGUUUAAAAGAAGUAUAGAUGUGCAUAGAAAAAGACCAGAAAGCCUUACCCUUAUUAUUUCUGGGUGGUGAAUUUUUAGAUAAUUUAAAUUUUUGCUCAUUUCUCAUAUUUUUGUGUUUAACAUGUAAAAAGAAAAAAAAGCAAAGGUUUUAAAAAAUGAAAAAAUAAAAUUCAAAGUGACAAGUAUAUUGUUAGAAGUUUGCAAUGUAUGGUGUAAGAGCUCACUGGAACGGCUUUAUCCUGAUUUAGGGCCAAGUGAGCAGAGAUUUUUUGAGAAGAAACUGAACAGAGGCGUCCCCUCAGUCACAUUAAAGAUGAGGACACACAAGUGUAUAUGCAAGUGCUGGUAUUUGUUAGGAAAUCAGUCGCAUUACUUACUGCACCUAUAGUGUUUAUCCAAUCCCAAAAGCAUUCAGAGUAUUUCUAAAACAUGUGUAAUCGAUUUUCACUUUUCUUUGCAGUUCUCCAUUAUCCAUUUAUGUAUUUUUUCCAACAACUAUGGUUGAAAUACUUCCACAGUAUUGUAUAAAUCCAUCUUUCCUUUUUGGGGGGCAGCCAUGACUGCAUUAAAGUUUAGCCCUUAACAGACUUCACUUACGUUAACCCAGAGCUCCUUAAGGACAGGGAUGCUGUUUUAUUCAUCAUGCGUGUCCAGCAUGCAGCAGGCACAGAUAACACCAGCGAAAAGCAGGUAGGUGUGAGCUUCUAUUCUCAAGUCUUUUGUUUUAUUAGGACCUUUUUUCUUUGGCAGAUAUACUAACACAUGACUUCAUAGUGCAAAAUUCUUGUAAAAAGAAAAUAGAUUUUAGUUUCCAAGCAGAGAACCUGGGAAAUCUGUGAAUCAUCGAUUUUCCUGCUUUGAAACCAUUUUUGUGCCGCCCAGUCAAUACAAGUAGGCCUGGGAGAGUGAAACUGUCCUCACACCCAGAGCUGGGGAGGCAGACAGAACCUCCCCACAGAAUUUAACACAUCCCUCGGAAGCAGUAACAUCCAAGCUUUCCUCAUUCUUUCUGAAGCUAGAGCAGCAGCUCUAUCUGCUCGUAGGAGAUCUGUGCUUACUAAUGAGCCCAUUUCUUACUCUCAGUGAACCUGAAGGGGCUCGGUUUCAAAUGGCACAAUUUCCAGUGACUGAAACAGUGUCUGACACCUGGAGUUAAAUCUCUGUUGAAUUAUAAAAUAAACAAAUGGAAGUGAAAGACAGAUGAACAAAAGAAAUUAACAUUGCUUUGCAUAGCACUGUGAAAUACUAACUUCACUGUGGAUUGAGAUGUACAAAUUAAGGGCCAGUCGGGGAAAAAAAAUCUAUUCUUUAUACAUUCAGACCAAACUUAAAUACCCACCGAGGACAGGCAGGCCAUGCAGUUAAUUGGUAGGUGUGCAUGUGUGGACGUUACCGAGUGGAGGAGAAGCCAGCACACGCCAUUUCAAGGGGACGAGGCUGACUCAGUUCCAGCCCUUUGUUGCCAUAUGGCGAUGUAGGCCCAAUUUCGUUAGUUUUUCCAGUUUUUUAAGAGAAGCUUGGAGUCCAGAUUUCUUUAUGAAAACUCCAGAAUUUAAAAUGCUGGCUCAAAAUUUAAAAGUAGAUAAACUGUAUCUGUGAGUUCUGCAUGUAUAUCUGGCUAGAGUAGAGGCACAUUGAUUGGAAACCUCUCAUUUUGACUUUACUGUGUCUGAGAAUAUUUAUCCUUAGGGACAUGUGCAUGUGUGUUCAUGUGUUUGUGUAUGAACUGUAUGUUGUCGCCAUUACCUUGUGGAAACUGAGAAGAAGGAGGUAAGUCACACUGUGGGGAGGGUUUUUAAGGACUUGGUUAGCUGGUGGAAAAUAGUGGAGGAUGUAUCUUUAGAGGGGAGAGCAAUCAAUAGGAUGCGUACACCCAUAUCGAAAGUAGACACCGACCCGCCCAGAGAGACUGGAAGAUACACGUGCUACUACCCUUAAUGAUUAUGUAUCAAAGGAUGGCUCCCAGGUCCUUGAGGGAGGCGUUCCUGGGUUGUAACACUGGCAAGAAGCUUUUAAAGAAGUUUCUAUCUAUCUCAAGGAGAGCAAAGAAAGAAUGACCAGUUUCAAGUUUUCUAAAAGAAAUGCUCUAAGGGAGGUCAGGGACCUAGAGUCAGGAAGAAGCCGGUCUGAAGUCGAGGGAAGCUGGAGAGAAUGGUAAGUCCGUCUCUUGUUGAUGUUUAGCAAGCUACACACCAGUAGGUCAGAAAUAAAUGUAAAUUCUAGAUGUUUCAACUCUAGCUCAGAGCCCUCCCCUCCUUGCCCCCACAUCCUCCCUACUGCCUAGUGUACCAGGGUACCAUGGGAUGCCAGUGACGGUGACUAAGUUCUAUCCAUUUAAGCACUUAGAGGAGAAGCCCAUUGUAUGCCUAAAUGCCCUCCAGGGGACUCUGCCUGCCUAUGUAGGUACCAACAGGUGCUUACAACUGCCCCAGUACCCUGUGCUUUCACCAGCUGGGCAACCUUGGGAGCCUAGCCUCUGCAUUCCUAAAUGGGCACAAUAAAUACCAACUACACAGCAUUUGUAGUGAAUCUGGUCUAUGUGAGGCACUCAAUAUGGUGCCCGGCAUAUAGUAACAACUCAAUAAACAGUAACUAUCAAGGUUUCAGCCAGUUCUCAUCUGUGCAAUUGUAUUAUUUCUGUAGAAGGAGGAACAUACAUUAACAAAAUACCUAGAGAGGUGAAAGAAAAGAAGUUAAAAGAAUAAUGACUUAAAUCUGCCAAAAUCAAGAAGAAACUACCAGUGAGGCAGUAACUGUUUGCAAAGUGCCAUGACCUACCCUCCUCAACUCCACCGAUUUUCUACCCAAUUUUCCUUUACCUUGUUCCCUCAAACUAAAGUAUUUCCCUAUGUACAUCUCAAAUCUCCGUGUUAUUUAGCCCAAGGAUACAAUGCAAUUUUAGAAAUUACAACCUUUGUUGUAUUUCCUUUCUUACAUUUAGAACUCGCAGCAUUUGACCCAAUACCCAUUUAUUUUUUGAAAGCCCAUGUGGGAGCUAAUUGACUUUCCAGGAAGUUCUUUGCCAAUCCUCCCCCAAAAAGGUUUCUCCUGUGUUUGUAUCUGGUAGCAAUUCUACAGUUUUCAACAUUUGGAACUCUGGUAUUAUAAUUGUGCUUGAAGUAUCUACACAGAAAUGGUCUGUUUCAUCAUCCCCUGAGCUCGGCCUGUGUGUGGAUGUGACAUUCCAGUGGAAGGAAGCCAAGAGCCUAUAGUAGCGAUCCUGGGGAAAAUUUAAGCAGCUGUGGCUGUGUAAUUCAAAACCUCUGAAAAGUGUGCUGCAGUCCGUGCACAGCAUUAGUAUAACAUGAGGGCUGGAUGUAGCCCGUCCUCCGGAGGACUUCCUUGCCCGCUGCAGGAAAGAGAAGAUUGAAAGACAAACCUGGGUGCAGCCGGAAAGGUCCAAAUAGAUGAGCUUGUGGCAUCCAUCCCCUAAAUUCAGGGACUGCAUCGGACCUCAGCUGGGUCUCAUCGUUCCGAAUUGCAUUAGUUAAGAUUACCCAAGCUUGCAUUUCAAAGGAAUACUUUCAUCGUUCCCUCUGUCACCCCAAGUAAUUGGGGCCAGCUGGAUGUCAGGAUGCGCGUGGUUACGGUGGUAAUUCUGCUCUUCUUUUGUAAAGCCGCGGAGCUCCGCAAGGCCAGCCCUGGGGGCUCGAGAAGCCGAAUGAAUCAUGGCCGGGCGGGUGGGAGCAGGAGAGGCUCCAACCCCGUCAAACGCUACGCGCCAGGCCUCCCCUGCGAAGUGUACACGUAUCUUCACGAGAAGUACUUAGAUUGUCAAGAAAGAAAACUAGUUUACGUGCUGCCUGACUGGCCUCAGGAUUUGCUGCAUAUGCUGUUAGCAAGGAACAAGAUCCGCAUACUGAAGAACAAGAUGUUCUCCAAGUUUAAGAGGCUGAAGAGCCUGGAUCUGCAGCAGAAUGAGAUCUCCAAAAUUGAGAGUGAGGCUUUCUUUGGUUUAAAUAAACUUACUACUCUCCUCCUGCAGCACAACCAAAUCAAAGUCUUGACAGAGGAAGUGUUCAUUUAUACGCCUCUCCUGAGCUACCUGCGUCUCUAUGACAACCCCUGGCACUGUACUUGUGAGAUGGAAACGCUUAUUUCAAUGUUGCAGAUUCCAAGAAACCGGAAUUUGGGGAACUAUGCCAAGUGCGAAAGGCCACAAGAUCUAAAAAACAAAAAGCUGCGGCAGAUAAAAUCUGAACAGUUAUGCAAUGAAGAAGAAAGGGAACAAUUAGACCCGAAACCCCAAGUGUCAGGGAGACCCCCAGUCAUCAAGCCCGAGGUGGACUCGACUCUUUGCUACAAUUACGUGUUUCCCAUACAAACGCUGGACUGCAAACGGAAAGAGCUGAAGAAAGUUCCAAACAACAUCCCUCCAGACAUUGUUAAACUUGACUUGUCAUACAAUAAAAUCAACCAGCUUCGACCCAAGGAGUUUGAAGAUGUUCAUGAGCUAAAAAAAUUAAACCUCAGCAGCAAUGGCAUUGAAUUCAUAGAUCCUGCUGCUUUUUUAGGACUCACACAUUUAGAAGAGUUAGAUUUAUCAAACAACAGUCUACAAAACUUUGACUAUGGCGUAUUAGAAGACUUGUAUUUUUUGAAACUCUUGUGGCUCAGAGAUAACCCUUGGAGAUGUGACUACAAUAUCCACUACCUCUACUACUGGUUAAAGCACCACUACAACGUCCACUAUAACGGCCUGGAAUGCAAGAUGCCUGAAGAAUACAAAGGGUGGUUUGUGGGAAAAUAUGUUCGCAGUUACUUUGAAGAAUGCCCCAAAGACAAAUUACCAGCCUACCCUGAGACAUUUGAUCAGGAUCCGGAAGAUGAUGAAUGGGAGAAGAUUCAUAGGGAUCACACAGCCAAGAAGCAAAGUGUAAGAAUCACUAUAGUGGGAUAACUUAGGAAUUGUUUUGGUUGCAACUGGUUUUGAAUUUGCUAUACCGGUGUCAGAAAACCAUAUGUUUACAUUUUGAUUAACUGUGUUGCCUAUUUAUGCAGGGUUAUCCAGUUACAGGAAGGUUCCCUUAAUUAUUAUUUUUAUUGUGAGAAAUUCUAGCAACCAAGGGAAUACUUCCAUCCCGCUUGCCUGCCUGUUUGCAGACCGGCCUUUGGUGACGGUUCCACACUGGUGAACUGCGGGAGUUGGGUCCGAAUGAUGGCAUUGGAAUUUCAUAACAUCCUGUAUAUAUGUUUUUACUGCCUUUUGAAAAUAAAAUUUUAAAAAACUUG